AUGAGCGCUGCUAAAGAGAUCAAGCAACUACAGAAAGCUAAACUUAAAGCCCGAAGUUCCAAUAAUCUAAAGGAGGAAGCCAGUCUGUGCAAUCAGCUGGGAGAGGUUCUAGCCAAAAAUGGUGAUUACCAGGUGGCCAUAGAGGAGCACAGACAGGAGCUGGCUCUAUCUGAAGUCCUGCAUGACAUCAUUGGCUGUGCAGUAGCCAAUCGCAAGAUUGGAGAGUGUUAUGCGGAACUUGGAAACAUCAAAGAUGCUCUUAAGCACCAGAGGAGGCAUCUGGACCUGGCUCGCAGUGUCAAUGAUGCAGCAGAGGAACAGAGAGCUCUGGCCACCAUUGGCAGGACUUACCUCUUCCUCCAUGACUCGGAUCAAUCACAGAACAGCCUGAAGCACGCAGAAGAUGCAUUCAAGAAGAGCUUGGCUAUAGUGGAUGGAUGUCUGGAAGGGACGGUGUCAGCACGUGAGCUAAGUGAAAUGAGAGCACGACUGUUGUUAAACCUGGGCUUUGUCUGUGAUGGUCUAAAAGAAUCACAACGCUGCAGUGAUUUCAUUCGUCAGAGCAUCUACAUCUCAGAGAAGAACAAUUUGCUGGAGGAUCUCUAUCGUGCCAACUUUAAUCUGGGCAGCAUCCACUUCCGGAAUGGACAGUACUCCCUUGCUAUCCGAUGCUUUGAGAAGAGCAAGGAGUGUGCACGCAAGAUGAACGACAAGUUUAGUGAGAGUGAAUGUUUCUACAUAAUAGGCAAGGUUUGCUUGACUCUGGGAGACUGGGUGGCAGCUCGACGCUCACUAAAGAAGGCUUUCCGCCUAGGCUCGCAGCAGCCUGCAGAAAGAGAGGCAGUCAAGAGAGACCUGAGAUACGCAAUUCGUGGCUCUCAGCUAGAGGAGGAUUUGACACAGGUCAGUAAUGCAGUCUCUCAGGAGGCUUUGGGGCUAGCAGAAGCACUGGGGGAUCUCUACUGCAAGGUCGCCUGCUACAACAAAGCCCUGGAGGCUUAUCAAACCCAGCUAUCCUGUGCUGAGGCGUUGGGGAAACCUGCCCGAGAGCUGGCUGUCAUCCAUGUGUCUCUGGCAGCGACUUACUCUGACCUCCGGCAGUACGACAAAGCUUUAGAACACUACAGACAUGAACUAAAGCUAAGACAGGGCAAUCCAAAAGAGGAGUGUGAGACCUGGCUGAACAUUGCGAGCUGUCAGGAGGAACAUGGGCAGAACCUGGAACAACUGGAUGACAGUUAUACUACUGCACUACGCUGCGCUGAGAGAGCAGAGCAAAGCAAACUACAAAGAAGAGUUUUAAGGGCAUGGUUGAAGGCGCAGACGCGUGCUAGCUCUUCAGAGGUGGAAGCGACAGAGGCCCGUCUUCAGGAACUGUGCGAGGCAGAAAGCUGUGGUUUGGAAGACAGUGAUGAAGAAGAGGAGGAGGAGCUGCAAAACAGUGAGCCUUUAGACAGUGACAUCCAGCUCUCGGACUCAGAUGAUGAUCUUGACGGCUAUGAUAAGCUUGUGACUGGCAGGAAAAAAAGUGGGAGGUGGAAUCGAAGGAAUGAAAAAGGCGAGACGUCGCUCCAUCGAGCUUGCAUAGACGGCAACCUGAAGCAGGUCCAGUUACUGACAGAGCAGGGUCACCCGCUGAAUCCCAGAGAUCACUGCGGCUGGACUCCACUGCAUGAGGCCUGCAACUACGGCCAUCUAGAGAUUGUGUCUCUGCUGCUGGACAAAGGGGCGAACAUUAAUGAUCCUGGAGGUGCAUACUGUGAUGGGGUCACACCUCUGCACGAUGCCCUCAGUUGUGGUCACUUUGAAGUUGCACGGCUGCUGGUGCAGAGGGGGGCUUCAGUCACUGUCCGCAAUAACAAGGGAGAUAAGCCUCUGGAUUCCUUGCGACAGUGGCUGAAGACGUACGGUCGUGAGCUGGACCAGGAGACACGGCAGGCGUGUGCAGAAACAGAAAAAUUGCUGAAGAAAGCACUGGCAGGUGGAGUUGCAGCUGUGAUCACGAGACCUCCCCAGGACAGCCAGCUGUUUGAUGCUGAGUACUCAGAGCCACUGCUGCAGCCGAAUGAGUCCAGUCCUAUACCUCAAAAUGGCUUACUCAAUUCUCACACACCCCCAGACGCCAGCACACCUUCCAGAGCCAGGCGGUCCACUGGGCCACGCCAUCGACUCAGAGGAACUGAGAAGAAUGUUCUGUUUGGGGAUGACGGCAUCUCCUCUGAGCAGUCAGACUCAGAAAUCAGCCCACUGCGCCCUGUCCGACCGAGAAUUCGUAUUACGGAAGCCCUACCUCCUGAAGAUGUGGUUUGUCCCAGUCAGGAUAACUCAAUUUUCAGUGGAAGCAAAGAUACUCUGUCUAGCAGAAAGGAAUACCAGAUGGCCAUGCAAAGCCUGGGCAGUGCAAAGUCCCGCCUUCUCUCUCAAAGCCUAUCAGAGCCGGCUUUCAGCAGCACGCCGGCAGUGUCAGCCAAUCAGGUGUCAGCCCUGGUCUCUGAGGAGGAUUACAUAGCAGAUGACUGGCUGGAAGAUGACCUUGCGAGUGCUCAGCCAAAGAAAAAAAGAAGAGUCGAUUCUGAACUGGGUAGCAGGUGGCAAAGUUUGACGUCUUGCAGAGGCCAGAUCCGAGCUUCUGGAACUGGCGAGCCAUCAAACAGAGUUCAGUCCUCCUCCAGCAGAGGCCUCUCUCUGAAAAAGAACAAUAAGACAAAGCAGAUGAAAAUGAACCAACUCCCUGGCAUGAUGAUGCUGGGCAGAAGAGAGGUCAGCAGGUCACCAAGUCCCAUCAUUCCCUCUGAUGAUGACCCACCUCUGCAAGCACACCCUCAGCCCUACAGCUCACUGUCAGUGCCGCAUAUUGUCUCGAAUACCACAGCAGCUCCACUACCUGCACCGAUAAGGAUCAGGGUUAGAGUUCAGAACAAUGUAUUUCUGAUUCCAGUUCCACACAGUGAGGCAGACUGCACUGUAUCGUGGCUUUGUGAUCAAGCUGCACAGCGUUAUUAUCAGACCUGUGGGCUGCUGCCACGUCUCUCACUGCACAAAGAGGGCGCUCUGCUCUCACCUGCUGACCCUCUGCUGGCUGUGCUGCACACCAACGAGGAGGUUGUGGCUGAAGUUUGUUCCUGGGACCUCCCUCCUCUUCCUGAACGCUAUAAGAAAGCCUGUAAGAGUUUAGAUGCUGAAGAAAACAAGCGCGUGUUACGACUUUGUGAGGUGCAGGAUGGCUCCCCGUCUGUGCGUGUAUGUGGUCUCAGCCUGGCUCCAACAUGUCUGGCCCCUCUUCUGCGUGCCCUCAAACUUCAGAGCAGCCUGACAGAGCUGCGCCUCUCGGCCAACCGUUUUAAUGAUGACCUUCUUCCAGAACUCCUCUCUGCGGCCACCACCAUGCCUCGCCUACGGCUUCUUGAUAUCUCUGCUAAUCACAUCACAGGUGAAGGAUUUAAGAAAGCAGCUAGUACCCUAGAGGGAUCAACUCAACCUGCUUUUCCGUGUCUGGAGGAGCUGAAUCUGAGUAUGAAUCCCCUUGGAGAUGGUUGGUCUCAAGCUCUGGCCUGUUUGCUCUCUGCUUGUCCCCUUCUGGCCACUUUGUCUCUUCAGGCCUGUGGCCUCACUGCCCGCUUUCUGCAGCAACACCGGCUCCUGUUGUCCAGUGCUCUAACAGGUACAGGGCACCUGCGGUCAGUAUGUUUGUCCCAGAAUGCACUAGGUUCCACAGGGUUUGAGUUGGUGUUGAAGACAUUACCCCUGCAGAACCUUACCCAUCUGGAGCUUAAUGCAGUGUGUAAAGGUCCAUCAGAUCAGCCUGCUCUGGAGCUCCUGGCACAACUGCUAUCACAGGGUGACUGCACACUUAUACACUUGUCACUGGCGGGAAACAGCAUGACAGAUCAGAGCAUUCGCUCUCUUUCCAGGUGCCUGGCUUUCUGUCCAUCUCUUGUGUCUCUGGAUCUGUCGGCCAAUCCGGCAGUAACAUCAGCGGGACUCCGCAGCCUCCUUAAUGCUCUCGGUGAGGCACGUCGACCCCUGACUCACUUAAACCUGCAAGGUUGCCAGGUAUGUGGGCCCUGGGAUGGUGUGGACUUGGGCAACUUAGCUAAACAAGUUCAGGACCUGCGACUGUGUUCUCAGAGACUGAACAAGCUGGAUCAUGAGAUGCUGCAGCAGAGCUGGCCUGGACGUGUCCUCUCAUGUAACUCUAAAUGUCUGCUUAGUGUCGUCCCUGUCCCAAUGUGAUUUCUUUAGAACAGUUCUAUGUACAGUUCUUUUGUACUGGAAAACAGGACUGAGUCAACCUAAAACUGGGUGGGUGCUGGGUGGGUGUUUUUUUUUUUUUGUUUGUUUUUUUAAUACUAUUUUUAUAUUGUUGUGGUGAUAAUGUACAGUGUCUGUGUAAGAUGUAUUUACAUUAUAUGUGUGUGUGGUGAGUGUGAGAGAGGGUGAGAUCGAGCGGGUGAUAGUGUGGCCAAAAUGUGAACUUCGAUAAUAUCAAAAGUCAUUCUGCCCGUCUUCCGUUUGCCAUAAGUCAUCCUAAUGCAACCCGAUCUUACACUGGGUGUCUGCAGAGCUCUAAGCGGUGCUAUAAAGACUUUUUUUGUUAUUUAUCCAACCAAAGUUAGUUAGCAAAACAGUUGAUCUAAAUGAACACAGCCAUUCUUGAUUUCAGUCAGCCAUGGAGAGUAGAAUUUGGGGAUUUCAUGACUGAUUGAUGCCUCAUGCACACUUAGCCUUAUUUGCUGUAUGCAUGUAAAUAAAAUUUAAAUAAACUUUAUACUGUUUACCUGUA